UUUAAAGACAGAAAUCUGUUAAUUUGUUCACACUCUGACUUCAAAAUAUGUUUUAGAGCAGAAGUUUUGAGUCUGAACUACAUUUAAAUAUCAGUAUCAAUAUCUGUAUCAGCUGAAAUUAAUUUGUAGAUAUCAGCAUAUGGAAUACUGGUAAAUAUCCAAUAUUGUGUGUCCCUGAGUAAAAAUGCUUUUAUUAUGAAAGAAAGAAAUAACUUUGGGUUGAUCCAAUGUUCCAGCAGUCACCUGGUGAUAGAAAUGAGUAUAGCCAUCAUAAUGAUAAAUGUUAAGCAUAAUGAUUCAGUUGAAUGGCCCAAGAUGACAAGAUGUAACCACAAGGUACAACAACACAUCAAGGCAACUGGGGUUAACAACUCAGUCAAACAAUAUUUCAGAACCAAAGGAUAUAUUAAAAAGGUGUACAUCCUACAAAUGGCAUGGGAUAACGUCACCGUAGAACAACACAUCAGAAUGGAGAGACCUCCAACAUCCUCCAUGAUGCUGUCUAGCAAAAAGUCAGACGCAGGCUCCUCUUCCUCCUCCUCCUCAUCUACAGCUGGAGCAGCAGGAGGUGAGAGGGCUCCGGUUUCUGAUGCCCAGACUGGUACUUCAGCAUCAGCAGCUGGCGUUAUGGAUGUAAAGAAAAAGGAAAGGUCAUCCCCUAGUGGGGAACCUGGUGGAGCCCCCUUGCCCCACCAAGGAGGCCCAGCGACAGCAGAUCAAGAGGCUGAAGUUCGAAGAACAAGUCGUCGCAAGCGAGCAAAAAUACUAAGUCCCAAAAAAGUGGAGUACCGCGAGAUGGACGAAAGCCUGGCUAACCUGUCGGAGGACGAGUAUUACUCUGAGGAGGAGAGGAACGCCAAGGCGGAGAAAGAGAGGAAGCAGGUCAUCCCACCUCCAGCUCCACCAGUAGAGGAGGAAAAUGACAGCGAACCAGAGGAACCUUCUGGUGUAGAGGGAGCUGCAUUUCAGAGCCGCCUUCCUCAUGAUCGGAUGACAUCCCAGGAAGCUGCCUGCUUUCCUGACAUCAUCAGUGGACCCCAGCAGACUCAGAAGGUUUUCCUCUACAUACGCAAUCGUACACUCCAACUGUGGCUGGACAACCCUAAGAUCCAGCUGACCUUUGAAGCCACAGCACAGCAGCUUGAAGCUCCAUACAACAGUGAUGCUGUGCUGGUCCACAGGGUACACAGCUACUUAGAAAGGCAUGGUCUUAUUAACUUUGGUAUCUACAAAAGGGUUAAACCUUUACCAACAAAGAAAACUGGGAAGGUUAUCAUCAUUGGCGGAGGUGUGUCUGGUCUGGCUGCAGCAAGGCAGCUUCAGAGCUUUGGGAUGGAUGUUACAGUAUUAGAGGCCAGGGACCGUGUUGGAGGCAGAGUGGCCACAUUCAGGAAGGGCAACUAUGUCGCUGAUCUUGGUGCUAUGGUGGUUACAGGACUUGGAGGAAAUCCCAUGGCAGUGAUCAGUAAGCAGGUUAACAUGGAGCUUGCAAAGAUCAAACAGAAGUGUCCAUUAUAUGAAGCCAAUGGCCAAGCGGGUGAACGGUGCACAAGUGUGCCAAAAGAAAAGGAUGAGAUGGUGGAGCAAGAGUUCAACAGACUGCUGGAGGCUACCUCCUACCUCAGCCACCAGCUGGACUUCAACUUUCUCAACAACAAACCUGUUUCUCUGGGACAGGCACUGGAAGUGGUCAUACAGCUGCAGGAGAAGCAUGUAAAAGAUGAGCAGAUAGAACAUUGGAAGAAGAUUGUAAAGACUCAGGAAGAACUAAGGGAUCUUCUAAACAAGAUGGUGAGCACUAAGGAGCGGGUGAAGGAGCUCCACCAGCAGUACAAAGAGGCCAGUGAAGUCAAACCACCUCGAGAUAUCACAGCAGAGUUCCUGGUGAAGAGCAAGCACCGAGACCUCACAGCACUCUGCAAAGAGUACGACGAGUUGGUGGAGUUGCAGGCCAAACUGGAGGAGAAGCUGCAGGAGCUUGAGGCAAAUCCACCAAGCGAUGUUUACCUGUCAUCCAGGGAUCGGCAGAUCCUCGACUGGCACUUUGCCAACUUGGAGUUUGCCAAUGCUACGCCCCUCUCCACCCUUUCUCUCAAGCAUUGGGAUCAGGAUGAUGACUUUGAGUUCACCGGCAGCCACCUGACUGUCAGGAACGGUUACUCUUGUGUUCCUGUGGCGCUGGCUGAAGGUCUGGACAUCAAACUGAACACUGCAGUGCGGCAGGUUCGAUACUCAGCUUCAGGCUGUGAGGUAAUAGCAGUCAACACACGCUCCACAACGCAGACCUUUAUCUACAAGUGUGAUGCUGUGUUGUGCACGCUGCCUCUCGGCGUGUUGAAGCAGCAACCCCCUGCUGUGCAGUUUGUUCCGCCGCUGCCUGAGUGGAAGACAUCCGCCAUACAGAGGAUGGGCUUUGGAAACCUCAACAAGGUGGUGUUGUGUUUCGACCGUGUUUUCUGGGAUCCCAGUGUCAAUCUGUUUGGUCACGUCGGCUCUACAACAGCAAGUCGGGGCGAACUCUUCCUUUUCUGGAACCUCUACAAAGCCCCAAUUUUACUCGCUCUCAUGGCUGGUGAGGCAGCUGGCAUCAUGGAGAACAUCAGUGAUGAUGUGAUUGUAGGACGCUGCCUGGCCAUUCUUAAAGGAAUAUUUGGAAGCAGUGCUGUGCCACAGCCAAAGGAAACUGUGGUCACCCGUUGGCGUGCGGACCCCUGGGCAAGAGGCUCUUACUCAUAUGUGGCGGCAGGUUCUUCGGGUAACGACUACGACCUGAUGGCACAGCCAAUCACACCUGGACCUGCCAUUCCAGGAGCCUCACAGCCCGUCCCACGUCUCUUUUUCGCCGGGGAGCACACCAUCAGGAAUUACCCCGCCACAGUCCACGGUGCCCUGCUCAGCGGGCUCCGCGAGGCUGGACGUAUUGCAGAUCAGUUCCUGGGUGCCAUGUACACACUCCCUCGACAGGCCACGCCCACAGCUGCCACCAAUCCUCCACAGGCUCAGCCCACCCCAAGUGUGUGAAAAUGACUUUGCCAACACUGGACUCUCAGACCAUUCAGAGCAGCUUUUGAGGAAUUUAUCCAUCAAUCAUUUCUAUAAGGGAAAUGAGACCCCCUUUGCAUAUUUAACUUUACUUAAAAAAUGUCACUUUGAGUAUUAUGGGAAGUUGACAUUCCUUAAUUGAGCCCCUCAGAUUUUUAUUUUUGAGUAUUAGCAACUACAGAUACUGGGCUCUGCUACAGAAGGAUGUUACAUAUUAAUGCAGUGACUCAUCAAGAUUUUAAAACUACUUCCCCAGUCUCAACAGAAGUUUAGCAUUUCUUUAACCAAAUCUAUUUAUGUUUAAAAGCUUCAACUACACACGGGGAACUAGAUUUCACAUGAGACUAAUAACAUACAGGUUCUACUGUCUAAACCUACUAAAACUGCUUCUCUAAGCUAAAGACAUUUCCCUCCGGUGUCAUUGCAGAGGCCUUGUCUUGUUUGUCUUAAAGCUUAAACAUUUCUCUGUGCUGUAGCUGUUUGCUUCCUUUCUUUCAUUUAGGUUGCAGAGUGUAGUGACAGUAGUUUGUAUUAAAGUCAAAAAAGAUAUGCUGAAAGAAUUGUGAAUGUUUUGUUGCAAUAGCAGUUUUAAGUAUUUUUAUUAUGGCUGUCAUACUUUUUUAUAUUGUCAUUUUUUUGUUAUUAAAAGACGACAGAAAUAAUGUCAGUGGAUCAGUUCUUUGCUUGGAGUAUUAUCACAACUGUUUCCUGUCCCAUUACCUGCAGAUGUCUUGUCUGUGUAAUUGUCAGUGCAUGUUCAUAAGUAACAUGUCUGUGUCUCUCAUGACCUGCCAAUGACCCUGCUUCAUUGCAGGGUUUGGCUGCUUCCCAGGGUCUGUGGUACUGUGUGAGUGAGGGAGAGAUGA